CUUCAAUUAUCUUAUUUAGUCUGCAACCUAAUCCCUUUCUCUCGUCACAAAUUCAAAUUUUUGGGCUUGAAAUCAACGUGAUCGAUCCUCAAAGCCAUUGGUUCUUGUUUUCUGUUCUUGAUAAAUGGGGGAAACAGAACUUGACUUCCAAGGCAAGAAAAGGCCAAUCCCAGAAUUUUCAAACCAUCAGAUUGUUGCUACCUCUGCUAAAUUGCAAUCACUCUCUUGAACAUCACUCACAGAACCUUAAUCCUUAUUAUGGAGUGUGGAAGCAAUCCCCAAUUUGGGCUGUUUUUAAUGUCUGUUCUUCUACUCAGCCUUCCUUUACCCUCAGCAGCUCUUGGAGGAAACGACACAGACAUGCUUGCAUUGCUAUCUUUCAAAUUUGAGAUAUCUCUCGACCCACUUGGCCUGUUCAUCUCCUGGAAUGAGUCUGUCCAUUUCUGCAACUGGGUAGGCGUCAAAUGCAGCCCGCAGCAGAGGGUCACUGAGUUGAAUCUUCCCUCGUAUCGAUUCGUCGGUCAGGUAUCGCCUUCUAUAGGGAAUUUGAGCUUCCUUACGACCUUAAAUCUUAAUAACAAUAGCUUUGGAGGAAGAAUUCCACAAGAGAUAGGCAGUUUGAGCCGCCUGCAAGUAUUGGACUUUGAAAACAAUUACUUUGUAGGGGAGAUUCCCAUCGCCUUAUCAAACUGUUCAGAGCUUCAAUACAUUGGAUUGCUCAGCAAUAAUCUAACAGGCAUGCUGCCAAAGGAGCUUGGGUUGUUAACCAAGCUUGAAGUAUUUCGAUUGUCUGCCAAUGAACUGUUUGGUGAAAUGCCUGAAUCACUUGGAAAUCUGUCAUCUCUCAGGGGCUUCUGGGCUACUCUGAAUCACUUCCACGGCAGUAUUCCAAGGAGUUUUGGGCAGCUGAAGAAUUUGAGAGAUCUUGUUAUUGGGGCAAACAAGCUGACAGGUACUAUCCCUUCCUCAAUCUACAAUAUUUCAUCUAUGAGAAUCUUUUCACUCCCUGUGAACCAGCUUGAGGGUAGGCUUCCCAUAGAUUUAGGCUUCAUGUUCCCAAACCUUCAGGUUCUUAAAAUCCACACUAAUCAGUUCAGUGGAGCAAUUCCUGUUACACUAUCCAAUGCUUCAAAACUAGUGGAAUUUGUCAUCUCAAAAAACGUGUUUUCUGGAAAGGUGCCUAGUUUGUCAAGCACGACACAUCUAGAGGCUUUUGGAAUAGGUGAAAACAACCUUGGACAUGGGAAUGUUGAUGACUUGAAUUUCCUGUUUCCUCUUGUUAACUGCACCAAUUUGAGCUCUGUAGUCAUCAGCGACAACAAUUUCGGUGGCGUGCUACCGGAGUUCAUAAGCAACUUCUCUACAAAGCUCAGGAUUAUAGGAUUUGGUAGGAAUCAUAUUCAUGGAACCAUUCCUACUGAGAUUGGCAAUCUCGUCCAAUUGGUGGCAUUAGGACUGGAAACAAACCAGUUGACUGGUUCUAUACCAAGCUCAAUGGGCAAGCUGAAAAAACUAAAUGAUUUCUAUUUAAAUGGAAACCAGCUCUCAGGGACAAUCCCCCACUCUCUUGGAAACUUGUCUGAACUUGGUAGAUGCAAUUUGAGGUUAAACAACUUAACUGGAGCCAUACCAUCAAGUCUAGGAAGAAACCAAAAAUUGCUAUCUCUGGCUCUGUCUCAGAACCAUCUAACUGGUACAAUACCAAAAGAAUUGUUGAGUAUUUCAUCUUUAUCAAUUGCUUUGGAUCUGUCUGAUAAUCAUUUGACUGGUUCCAUUCCAUUGGAAGUGGGCAAGUUGGUUAACCUCGGCUAUUUGCAUAUGUCUGCCAACAUGUUAACUGGAGCUAUUCCCUCUACUCUCAGUGCUUGCACAAGCUUAGAAGAUUUACAUUUGGAUGGGAAUUUCCUUGAGGGCCCUAUACCUCAGUCUUUGAGUUCUUUAAGAGGUAUUGAAGAACUCGACCUGUCUCGCAACAAUUUGACUGGCAUAAUUCCAUCUUAUUUGCAGGAGUUUGAAUUUCUGAGGUAUUUGAAUUUAUCUUUCAACAAUUUGGAAGGUGAAGUUCCCACUCAAGGAGUGUUCAAAAAUGCUACCGCAUUUUCAGUUCUUGGAAAUAAGCAGCUUUGCAAUGGUAUACAUGAAUUGAAUCUACCAAGAUGCAGUUUGGAUAAUACCAGAAAGAAGAACUUGAGUACCACAUUGAAAGUUAUUAUCUCAGUUGCUGGUGGAUUGGUGGGAAGCCUUCUGGUCAUCUGUUCUCUGUUCUUCCUGUGGCCAAGGAAGAAAAGAAAUAAGGCGGAUUUAAGUCCAUCACUGAGAGUUUCUUAUUUUGUUAUAUCUUAUAAUGAUCUUCUUAAGGCCACUGAUGAAUUUUCUCCCAACAAUCUAAUUGGAGUUGGUGGUUAUGGGUCUGUCUAUAAAGGAAUUCUCAGUCAAGAUGGAAGCGUUGUUGCUGUUAAAGUGUUCAACCUUCAACAUAGGGGAGCUUCAAAGAGUUUUCUGGUAGAAUGUGAAGCACUUAAAAACAUUAGACAUCGCAAUCUUGUCCAAAUUCGAUCUGCUUGCUCGGGAGUCGAUUUUCAAGGGAAUGAUUUUAUGGCAUUGGUUUUUGAUUUCAUGGUUAAUAGGAGCCUAGAGAAUUGGCUGCAUCCAGUUGAUAUUUUAGACCAGGAAGGAGAGCAGAGGUAUUUGAAUAUCAUGCAAAGGCUAGAUAUUGCCAUUGAUGUGGCUAGUGCUCUGGAUUAUCUGCAUAAUGGCAGCCCCAUGCCAAUAGCUCACUGUGACUUAAAGCCUAGUAAUAUUCUUUUGGAUGCUAACAUGACUGCUCACGUUGGAGAUUUUGGAUUGGCAAAGUUUAUGGCUGGAGCUUCCUCCCAGAACAGAUCAACCGAAACCGAAUCCAUUGGUUUUCGAGGCACUAUUGGAUAUGCUCCUCCAGAGUAUGCCAUGGGAAGCGAGGUUUCGACAUAUGGCGAUGUGUACAGUUAUGGCAUCCUAUUGUUGGAGAUGUUCACUGGAAAGAGGCCAACUGAUGAUAUAUUCAAUGAUGGCUUAACCUUGAACAGCUAUGUUCUUACAGCCUUGCCUGAAAGGGUGGAACAAAUAGCAGACCAAACAAUGGGCCUCCAAGAACUUAAGAACAACCAUGUUCUUGAGGCUUCACCCGACCGGGUAGAGCAAAUAGCAGAGCCAACAUUGAGCCUUCAAGAACUGGAGGGAACAGAAAACAAAGAUCUUAUGUUUCAGGCUAAUCAAUGUCUCAGAACCAAAGAGUGCUUGUUUUCCAUUUUCAACAUAGGAGUUGUAUGUUCUUCCCAAAUGCCUACUCAGAGAAUGAAUAUCCGUGAUGCUGUUGCUCAACUAUGCCUUGCAAGAGAAAACUUUAGGGGUUUUUAGCAUAGGACCUCGGCACAGAUGAGCAAGCUAUCAAGCCUCACUGCACUAGUUUCUGCAAAACCAUGUUCUGAGAUUGUAUUUUGCUAGGAAGAUGGAAAGUUAUGCAGAAACAUAAAACCCUUUUGCAAUUUUGUUCUGAAGUUGAUCACACCAGUUGUAACAAACCAAGGUCACCGCUAGUAGAUAUUGUCUACUUUAGUCCGUUACGUAUCGUUGUCAGCCUCACGGUUUUAAAACGCGUC